AUGGAAGAGAAGCCUGAUUUGCCGGCGGCGAAGGUUGAUGUGACAUCAUCGUCGGAGCAGCAGAAGCAGCAAGGGAAAGAGAAAGCAUGGCAUUCGUAUAUCUCAGAAGAUCUUCCACGUACUUUCCACGAGUCCGCCGACUCUGCCAUUCGUUCUGCCCGUUCUCUGCAGAACAACUCGUCCACCCAUCUCCGCGGUCUUCAG